GACAACGGAACCAAUAUGCCGAGCCCGUGUUUCCUCAGAAGCUUUUCCAGCGGUUUCCGUUUACAAGCUCGCAGUUCUACUCCACUUGGUAUCGGGUAUGUUUAUUUGAUGAGGAGUGUGGUCGAAAGGGGAGAUGUGGUCCUUUUUUGCCAGGGAUCCCGUCAAAGACUUCGCUUAUGAAAUUCUUCCAGACAGCCAAGAAAAGUCUGGAAUAUGGUCAUUACAUCGUGGCAAGCGAAAGUCCAAUGGAGAGCCAGUGUCUGUGUUCAUGCACGAGGUGGCUCAGGGGUCAGAACAACAGGCACAGCUGGCAAAGGCAGCCUUCAAGCGGAUGAAGACCCUUCGCCACCCCAACAUCCUGGCCUACGUUGACGGCUUGGAGACGGACAAGAGCUUGUACCUGGUCACUGAACCAGUGACGCCACUAGUCGUUCACCUGAAGGGUGCUCCUAGUGAACUGGAGGUCUCCUGGGGUCUGCAUCAGAUAAUAAAAGCUCUGAGUUUCCUGGUGAAUGAUUGCCACCUGCUCCAUAACAACUUGGGCUUGUGGGCCAUCUUUGUCGACCGAGCAGGAGAGUGGAAGCUGGGGGCACUCGAUCAUGUUGCCCCAGAACAAUGUGAUCCAAGCGGGGCGUCGCUUCCUGAUCCAAAGUCCAUUUACCCGGACAUGGAGAAGUAUGACCCACCUGAGACACCCAAUUGCAGUGGAGAAAAAUGGGCGAGGGAAGUGUGGCGGUUAGGCUGUCUGAUCUGGGAAGUAUUUAAUGGGCCACUUUCCCGCACGUCCUCACUUCGUUCACUCGGGAAGAUCCCCAAGGCUCUGGUUCCUCACUACUGUGAGCUGGUGGGUGCCAAUCCACGGGCUCGGCCCAAUCCAGCCCGCUUCCUCCAAAACUGUAGAAGCCCCGGAGGGUUCCUCAGUAACAGCUUUGUGGAGAGCAACCUCUUCCUGGAGGAGAUCCAGAUUAAGGAGCCGGCGGAGAAGCAGCAGUUCUUCCAGGACCUGAGUGACAACCUGGACUCUUUCCCAGAGGACUUCUGUAAACACAAAGUCCUGCCUCAACUGCUCACUGCCUUCGAGUUUGGAAACGCCGGCGCCAUAGUCCUCACGCCACUUUUCAAGGUGGGGAAGUUCCUGUCUGCUGAAGAAUACCAACAGAAGAUCAUCCCCGUCAUUGUGAAGAUGUUUUCCUCCACAGACAGGGCCAUGAGAAUACGACUGCUUCAGCAGAUGGAGCAGUUUAUUCAAUAUCUUAACGAGGCAGCUGUGAAUUCCCAAAUUUUCCCUCAUGUUGUUCACGGCUUUACUGACACCAACCCUGCCAUCAGAGAGCAAACGGUUAAGUCUAUGUUGUUGUUGGCUCCCAAACUGAACGAAAGCAACUUGAACCAGGAGCUCAUGCGCCAUUUUGCAAGGCUGCAGGCUCGGGAUGAGCAGGGCCCGAUCCGAUGCAACACCACUGUCUGCCUGGGAAAGAUCGCCUCCUACCUCAAUGCCGGUACCCGACAGAGAGUUCUGAUUUCUGCCUUCUCACGAGCAACGAAAGACCCAUUUGCAGCCUCGCGUUCUGCUGGUGUGCUUGGCUUCGCCGCCACACACAACUAUUACAGCCUAACCGAGGUUGCUGCCCGAAUUUUACCCACACUCUGUGCUAUUACCGUCGACCCUGACAAGAGCGUCAGAGAGCAGUCUUUCAAAGCCAUCAAGAGUUUUAUCUCCAAGCUGGAAACUGUGUCAGAAGAUCCCACCAAGCUUGCUGAGAUUGAAAAGGAUGUUGGGUCGUGUGCUCAGCCACCUGGCGCCUCUUCCGGCUGGACUGGCUGGGCUGUGACUGGCAUGUCCUCGCUGACAUCCAAAUUGAUACGCAAUGCACCAGGGACAGUGGGAAGCGUGGCGGCUGAGGACGGCAUGGCUUCAAAUGCCACCAGCGUGACUCCCGGCACAGGUGGAAGCCCUGAUUCUGUAGAGAAAGGUCCACAUACAUCCCAGGCCCUCAGUCCUUCUGCUUCAAGCCUCGUGGACGGAUCACAAACUCUUGAAGGGAUGGAAAAUGAUGAGGAGCCAGGAGAGCGCUGGGAUGACGAGGAGGAUUGGGGGAGUUUAGAGGAUUCAGAGAAAGGUCGAGCUGAGAAGGAUGACUGGAAUACUGACUGGUCAGGAAUGGCAUCAUCCAAAAAAAACACUGGUGGACACGAAGUGGGCAGGUCAUUGUCUACCACGACGGUGAAAAAGCAAAGCUCAGACUGGAGCAGCUCAGGCUGGGACGCAGACGACAGCUGGUCCAACGAGAAAGAGGGCCAGGGUCAGAGCUCCGCUGGCGAGGAGGGCUGGGGCAACGAAUGGACCGAGGAGGAGACGGAUGUUGGAAGUGCCGCCCUGCCUGAGGGGGUCCGCUUGGCCAGCGAGUACAACUGGGACAGUGGCAGUAUGAGCAAAGGAGCCAAUCAGAAUGACCUAUUCGCCUGUGUGGCACAGAGAAACGCCACGGGCCUCACGCCUGGAGGUGGCUGGGGUACAGACGCAACGGGAGACUGGGGCACUGAAGAAAGUUGGGAGGCAUUGGAUGGAAAUCAAGAUGGGUUUGUGUAUCGCCCAGCAGGUCUGAGCAAGGCCGAGCUGUCCAAGAAGAAACGUGAGGAGAGGAGGAAAGAGCUGGAGGCCAAACGGGCAGAGCGCAAAGCUGCAAAAGGUCCCCUCAAGCUGGGUGCACGCAAACUAGACUGAGGCGCCGUUUAAUGAGGUAUAGCCAUGAGCGCCAUUGACUGAACAAGGCCCUUGAGUUGGAGGCUUCACAUUCCGAGUAAAGAUCCAACGGGAGUGGAAACUUCUUUUUGAACUGUCACUCACUUGGACAACAUACCUUUGGAUCCUCCGAUGAUCAUCACAGAAACUUGAUGAGGUGGUUGACAGCGCAGCAAUCACUAGUUUGUCUCGCAUUGUAUUAUUGUGAAUGGGAAGAGGCAAAAAGCAAUUGGGAGUUGAUGACACAAUAUGUCCGUUUCCUCCUGAUAAAAGGGCCGCUGUUGUAAAUGUACAUAAAAUGGAGCAUCUUGUCUUAAAAAGAUACUUUUUCAUGUAGUCAAAUAUAUAUAAAUGAGUUUCAUCAUUUCCAGGAAGCUCACAAACACUGUUGUUCCUGGCUUUAUCAGUCUGUGCAUGCACUUUUAGAGGCCAAUCAAGAAAUUGAAUGACCAAUUACAUUUGAACCAAAGUCAUUUGAUAGGUUCAGUACAAGAAUACGCUUGAGGAAUGCUAAACACUCAAUUGAUUGCACAGCUCAACAACAGUAGCAGCAGCAUACAAACGGUUUGGAAAUGUUUCUAUCAAUUUGGCUUACAUUUUCCACGAAUGUUGUGAUGGACAAAUGCUAUCAUCUGACAUUUUUCCUUUCCUUUUGAAAAGCUGCAUUCUUGUAUAUCUAGUGCACCCAGCGUGUUCCAUAAAUUUUCACACAAAUAUAUAUAUAUUUUUUUUUACAUAAAAGAAUUACUUUCAGCUGUUUUUUUUUUCUUCAAACCUGCUGACUGUGGUUCUGAGCGAAGGAGAUUCACUUCUGUCUUUCACUUUUUAUUUGUGUGCCUUCAUUUACUUUGCUGGACAAGACUGUUGGCUCGCAUCCCAGUUUUGAAUGGUAUGGAACACAUUCCAUGUUCCCAGUAAAAUAUG